AUGGCGGCGCAGGUGGUGGCAGCGGCGGGCACCGCGAUGGCCAGGCCGCUGGGCGACGGAUCUGGGGCCAACGCCGUGACCCGUGCCGGGGCGAGGAUGCCAAGGGAGAGGUGGGGCGGCGCUGUGGCGGCGAGGGGACGCCGCGAGUCGCAGGUGGUAUCCGUCAUAAACCGCGCCCCGCGCCCCGAGGCCGAGGUGCUGCCGGUGUCGCCCGACGACGACUCGGCCGUAAAGGCAUCCCUUUCCUCAUGCCCCUCUGCCCAACCGGUCACCGCACACCCUCAUCGACGAACUCACCCGAGGAUUAUUGACGGUGGUGAAUUGAAAUCUAGGCGCCAUCUGAAUGUUCGUGGAAAGAGUGCAACCUUGCCAUCAAUAACUGACAAGGACUGGGACGACAUUAAGUUUGGUGUGGAUAAUCAGGUUGAUUACUAUGCUGUUUCUUUUGUGAAAGAUGCUCAAGUUGUCCAUGAACUCAAGGAUUAUCUAAGAAGUUGCAAUGCCGACAUACAUGUAAUUGUAAAAAUCGAAAGUGCAGACUCCAUCCCAAACCUACAUUCAAUCAUCACAGCAUCUGAUGGGGCUAUGGUUGCCAGGGGUGACCUUGGAGCUGAACUGCCCAUCGAGGAGGUGCCGCUGUUGCAGGAAGAAAUUAUUAGAAUGUGCAGGAGCAUGGGGAAGGCUGUUAUUGUUGCUACAAAUAUGCUGGAAAGUAUGAUUGUUCAUCCAACUCCAACCCGAGCAGAAGUUUCAGACAUUGCUAUAGCUGUCCGAGAGGGUGCUGAUGCAGUCAUGCUUUCUGGAGAAACUGCACAUGGGAAAUUUCCCUUGAAAGCUGUUAAGGUCAUGCACACUGUUGCCCUGAGAACUGAGGCAACUAUUCCUGGUGGGGAAACACCUGCAGACCUUGGUCAGGCUUUCAAGAACCACAUGAGCGAAAUGUUCGCAUACCAUGCAACAAUGAUGUCAAAUACCCUUCGAACAUCAAUAGUGGUUUUCACCAGGACAGGAUUUAUGGCUAUACUGCUUAGUCACUACCGUCCAUCUGGCACUAUUUUUGCCUUCACAGAUGAGUAA